AUGUCUCUCCCAGUGAUGGAGAACCAAAUUGCGCCGAACACCGAGGUGGCCGAACUGGAGCUUGAGGCUGUGAUCGGCUUCAAUGGACAUGUGCCUGCUGGUCUGAAAUGCCAUCCUGACCAGGAGCAUUUGAUUUACCCUCUGGGUUGCACAGUGCUCAUUCAGGCAAUAAAUACUAAGGAACAGUAUUUCCUGCAAGGUCAUGGCAACAAUGUCUCCUGCGUGACCAUCUCCCAGAGCGGAGUUUACAUUGCCUCAGGACAAGUCACAUUCAUGGGCUUCAAGGCAGAUAUCAUUCUGUGGGAUUAUAAGAAAAGGGAGCUUAUUGCUCGGCUGUCUCUUCACAAGGGCAAAAUUGAAGACCUGGCCUUUUCACCGAAUGAUCUGUACUUGGUAUCAUUAGGAGGCCCAGAUGAUGGAAGCGUGGUGGUGUGGAGCAUAGCCAAGAGGGACGCCAUCUGCGGCAGCCCCGCUGCCGGCCUCAACGUUGGGAACGCCACCACGGUGAUCUUCUCCGGCUGCCGCGAUGAGAUGUUCGUCACCGCUGGGAAUGGAACAAUUCGAGUAUGGGAACUGGAUCUCCCAAAUAGAAAAAUCUGGCCCACUGAGUGCCAAACAGGACAGAUGAAAAGAAUAGUCAUGAGUGUUACGAUGGCCAGUGAUGACUGCUUUUUCUACCUUGGCACCACAACUGGAGAUAUUCUAAAAAUGAACCCUAGGACUAAACUGCUGGCAGAUGCUGGGCCUGUGAAGGACAGAUUCAGUCUGGGAGUGUCAGCCAUCAAGUGCCUGAAGAUGGGGGGGCUGUUGGUGGGCUCAGGAGCCGGAUUGCUGGCCUUCUGUAAAAGCCCCAGCUACAAACCCAUCAAGAAAAUCCAGUUAGAAGGUGGUAUCACUUCUAUCACGCUUCGAGGGGAAGGACACCAGUUUUUUGUAGGAACAGAAGAAUCACACAUUUAUUGUGUCAACUUCACAGAUUUCAAAGAGACCCUCAUAUUGACUUGUCACUCUGAAGCUGUGCAGGACGUUGUCUUUCCUUUUGGCACAGAUGAGCUGUUUGCCACCUGUGCCAAGAAGGACAUCAGAGUGUGGCACACACUGUCCAACAGGGAGCUGCUGCGCAUCACUGUACCCAACAUGACCUGCCAUAGCAUCGAUUUCAUGAGAGACGGCAAGAGCAUCAUUUCAGCGUGGGACGAUGGUAAAAUCCGAGCCUUUGCCCCCGAGACAGGCCGGUUGAUGUACAUCAUUAACAAUGCCCACAGGAUCGGCGUGACGGCCAUUGCCACCACCAGUGACUGUAAAAGGGUCAUCAGCGGUGGUGGGGAAGGGGAGGUGCGGGUGUGGCAGAUAGGCUGCCAGAUCCAGAAGCUGGAGGAGGCCCUGAAGGAGCACCAGUCCUCCGUGUCCUGCAUCCGGGUGAAGAAGAACAAUGAGGAGUGUGUCACAGCCAGCACGGAUGGCACCUGCAUCAUUUGGGACCUUGUACAUCUCAGGAGGAAUCAGAUGAUCCUGGCCAAUACUUUGUUCCAGUGUGUUUGUUACCACCCUGAGGAGUUCCAGAUCAUUACCAGUGGGACAGACAGAAAGAUUGCUUACUGGGAAGUGUUUGAUGGGUCAGUAAUCAGAGAGUUGGAAGGUUCUUUGUCGGGGUCAAUCAAUGGUAUGGAUAUCACACUGGAAGGAGUGCACUUCGUCACAGGUGGACAUGACCAUAUGGUCAAAGUUUGGGAUUAUAACGAAGGCGAAGUGACCCACGUUGGGGUUGGGCACAGCGGCAACAUCAGGCGCAUUCGGAUAAGCCCAGGAAAUCAGCACAUCAUCAGUGUAAGCGCAGACGGAGCCGUCCUGAGGUGGAAGUACCCGUUUGCCUCGUGAAGCAGCGGAGAUUCAGAGCACCGCCCGCGGUUGUGUCGGGCGGCACCGCUUACAUAACUCUGAGGCUGUGUUUGAUGGUUUUUGUUUUUGUUCUUUAGUCAAAAUAUGUUAUAAGUUUCUCCAUUCCUUUGUAGAAUGUAUUUGACAUUCUUAAACUGUACAUUAAAAUUGAAAUAUGCUC